AUGACGUCCCCGGCGCCAGCGCCGCCAGCGGCCGCUGCGGCGCAGUCCCCGCCUCCCCGCAUCGGCCUCGCCGGCCUCGCCACCAUGGGCCAGAACCUCGCGCUCAACAUCGCCGAGAAGGGCUUCCCGAUCUCCGUCUACAACCGCACCGCCGCCAAGGUCGACUCCACGCUCUCCCGCGCCGCCGCCGAGGGCGCGCUCCCCGUGCUCGGCCACCGCGACCCGCGCGACUUCGUGCUCUCCCUCGCGCGCCCCCGCACCGUCGUGCUCCUCGUCCAGGCCGGCCCCGCCGUCGACGCCACCAUCGACGCCCUCUCGCCCUACCUCGACGCCGGCGACGCCAUCGUCGACGGCGGCAACGAGUGGUACCAGAACACGGAGCGCCGCAUCGAGCAGGCCGCCUCCCGCGGGAUACUCUACCUCGGCAUGGGCGUCUCCGGCGGCGAGGAGGGCGCGCGGAACGGCCCCUCGCUCAUGCCCGGCGGCGACUUCCAGGCCUACAGCAACAUCAAGGACAUCCUUGAGAAGGCUGCGGCUCAGACGGAGGACGGCCCGUGCGUCACGUUUGUCGGGCCCGGUGGCGCCGGCAACUUUGUCAAGAUGGUGCACAACGGGAUCGAGUAUGGUGAUAUGCAGCUCAUCGCCGAAGCCUAUGACGUGCUCCACCGUGUUGGUGGCCUCUCAAACUCGGAGAUAGCCGAUGUGUUUGCCGAGUGGAACAAGGGAGAGCUGGAGAGCUUCUUGGUGGAGAUUACUGCAGACAUAUUCACUGUGGCUGAUCCACUGGAGGGGAGCACCGGCGGGGCGCUGGUUGACAAGAUUCUUGACAAGACCGGGAUGAAGGGGACCGGGAAGUGGACGGUGCAGCAGGCGGCGGAGCUUGCAGUCGCUGCGCCCACGAUUGCAGCAUCGCUGGAUGGGAGGUACUUGUCGGGGCUCAAGGAUGAGCGAGUUGCAGCCGCAAGUGUGCUAGAGGAAGAGGGGAUGCCAGUUGGGCUUCUGGAGAAGAUUAAUGUCGAUAAGAAGGUGCUGGUGGACAGGGUCAGGCAAGCGCUUUAUUCGUCCAAGGUUUGCAGCUACGCACAGGGGAUGAAUCUGCUAAGAGCCAAGAGUGUGGAGCAGGGCUGGAAUCUUAACCUUGCCGAGCUUUCAAGGAUUUGGAAGGGUGGAUGCAUUAUUCGGGCAAGGUUUCUUGAUAGGAUUAAGAAGGCUUAUGACAGGAACCCUGAGCUGGCCAAUUUGAUUGUCGACAGGGAGUUCGCCAGGGAGAUGGUGCAGAGGCAGGGCGCAUGGCGGUGGGUUGUGGCCCGGGCAGUAGAGGCCGGGAUUAGCACCCCAGGGAUGUCUGCGAGCCUUUCAUACUUUGAUACCUAUAGGUGCAACCGGUUGCCAGCAAAUCUGAUCCAAGCACAGAGGGACUUGUUUGGAGCACACACCUAUGAGCGCAUUGACCGCCCAGGUUCUUUCCACACCGAGUGGAGUAAGCUGGCGAGGGAGGGCAAGUGA